AUGAGAAGAUGGUGGGGCCGACGAGGAAGAAGCUGCGAGAGGCGGCGGCCGAGCCGCUGCGCUGUGUCCGCGCCGUGCAGCCCCGGCGGCGGGGCCGGGCGCCGCGAGCGGCCGAGCAGGACGAGGGGGAGGCCGGGCCCGUCCCGCCGCAGCCCGCGCCGCCCGCGCCCCUAGGCGGCAGCCUCCCGGGGGGCGCCCGCGGCUACGUGCAGCGCAGGACGCGGCCCCUGGACCGGCAGAGCUGGGCGCGGCUGGAGCGGGCCGCACGGAGCCUGCUUCUCGGCCGCUUCCAGUUCCUGGGCCUCCUGCUGGCGCGCCUCCGCGAGAAGGUGCCCCUGCUGCCCAGACGGCAGCUCUCCGGCAGGACCAAGCUCAGCGUCGCUAUCUUUGUGGGACUUUUACACUGGAUACAUUUGAAAACACUUUUUGAAAGUGAUCGCCAUUUUUCUCACCUCUCAUCUUUGGAGCGGGAGAUGACUUUUCGCACUGAAAUGGGACUUUAUUAUUCCUACUUCAAGACCAUUAUUGAAGCACCUUCAUUUUUGGAAGGAUUGUGGAUGAUUAUGAAUGACAGGCUCACUGAAUAUCCACUUGUAAUCAACGCAGUGAAACGCUUCUAUCUUUAUCCAGAGGUAGCUAUUGCCUUCUGUUACCGCAUACUUGUGGGACUGAUGAAUUUAUUUGGGAUAGAAACUAAGGUCUGCUGGAAUGUCACCAGAGUAGCACCUCUAAAUGAAAUUCAAAGUUGUGAAGGAAUAGGAGACCCUGCUUGCUUUUAUGUUGGUGUGGUUUUUCUCUUAAAUGGAUUUAUGAUGGGAUUAUUCUUCAUAUAUGCCACGUAUCUGAGUGGGACUCAACUUGGAGGUCUAGUUACAGUUUUAUGCUUCUUUUUCAACCAUGGAGAGGCUACACGUGUGAUGUGGACCCCGCCUCUCCGGGAAAGCUUUUCAUACCCAUUUCUUGUCCUUGAGAUGUAUAUUUUAACUUUGAUCCUCAGGACUUCAAGCAUCAAUAGGAAGCUUUUUAUUUCACUCUGUCUGUCCAACGUUGCUUUUAUGCUUCCCUGGCAGUUUGCUCAGUUUAUACUUUUUACACAGAUAGCUUCAUUAUUUCCCAUGUAUGUUGUGGGUUACAUUGAGCCAAGCAAAUUUCAGAAGAUCAUUUAUAUGAACAUGAUUUCAAUUCUCCUUUGUUUUGUCUUAAUGUUUGGAAACCCAAUGUAUUUGUCUUCCUAUUAUUUUUCAUCUUUGUUGACGACAUUGGUGAUAAUUCUAAAAAGAAAUAAAAUUCACAGAAUGGGAGUAUCUGAACUCAACUUUUGGCUGAUUCAGUGUUUUGCUUGGUUCUGUGGAACAAUCAUUUUGAAACUUCUGACAUCUAAAAUGUUAGGUGUUUCAGACCAUAUUCGCUUGAGUGACCUUAUAGCAGCCAGAAUCUUGAGGUAUUCAGACUUCGAUACCUUAAUAUAUACAUGUGCUCCCGAAUUUGACUUCAUGGAAAAAGCGACUCUGUUGAGAUAUACAAAGACAUUCUUGCUUCCGGUUGUUAUGAUGAUUACCUAUUUUAUCUGUAAAAAGACUAUACAUGAUGUUUUAUGUGUCUUAUCUGCAAACACUUAUCUAAGAAAGCAUCUCCUUGAACAUGGUGAGCUGAUCUUUCACACACUGCAGCUGGUCGCAUUUACUAUCCUAGCCAUUUUGAUUUUGAAACUGAAGCUGUUUUUGACACCUCACAUGUGCAUUAUGGCUUCCUUGAUCUGUUCCCGACGGCUCUUUGGAUGGCUUUUUAACAAAAUUCGUUUUGAGAACUUAAUCUUUGGCAUCUUAACAGUGAUGUCAAUACAAGGGUGUGCAAAUCUCCAUUAUCAGUGGAGCAUCAUAGGAGAAUUUAAUAAUCUGCCUCAGGAAGAACUGAUACAAUGGAUCAAGUACAACACCAGACCAGAUGCUGUUUUUGCAGGCGCCAUGCCUACAAUGGCAAGUGUGAAGCUUUCUACUCACCAUCCUAUUGUGAACCACCCGCAUUAUGAGGAUGCAGACUUGAGGGCUCGGACAAAGAUAGUUUAUUCCACAUAUAGUCGAAAAUCCGCCAAAGAAGUCAGAGAUAAAUUGUUGGAGUUGCACGUGAAUUAUUACGUUCUAGAAGAGGCGUGGUGCGUUGUGAGAUCUAAGCCCGGUUGUAGUAUGCUUGAAAUUUGGGACGUGGAAGACCCUUCCAAUGCAGCGAAUCCCCCCCUGUGCAGCAUGUUACUCAGUGACGCCAGGCCUUACUUCACCACAGUGUUUCAGAACAGCUUGUACAGAGUAUUGAAGGUCAACUGAAAAUGAGCAGCGGCUGCAAACAAGUGCACAGAAAGCAAUCGCUUUGGGCUUUACAUUCAUAAGAGAUCUUUACAAAGAUAAUAAAAUGAUUUUAAGUUUUGCUGA